AUGGAGGCGAUCGAAGAAUUGGCACAGCUUUCUGAUUCUAUGCGGCAAGCAGCAGCGUUGCUUGCCGACGAAGAUAUUGAUGAAAAUUCAUCGGCGUCUUCUUCUAAGCGGCCUUCAACGUUUCUCAAUGUUGUCGCUCUGGGCAAUACUGGCGCGGGUAAAUCAGCGGUGUUGAACAGUCUAAUAGGACAUCCUGCUUUGCCAACUGGUGAAGGUGGUGCCACUCGUGCUCCUAUAUGCAUUGAUCUAAAACGGGAUAGUUCUUUAAGCAGCAAAUCAAUUAUUUUGCAGAUUGACAGUAAAUCACAACCGGUGUCUGCAAGUGCUCUUCGGCAUUCUUUACAGGAUAGGCUAAGCAAAAUUUCAAGCAAGAGUCGUGAUGAAAUAUAUUUGAAGCUUCGAACAAGUACAGCUCCUCCUGUGAAAUUGAUCGAUUUGCCUGGAGUAGAUAAAGGAAAUCUUGAUGAUUCAUUGAGUGAAUAUGUUGAGCACAAUGAUGCGAUAUUGCUAGUUAUAAUACCUGCUGCCCUGGCACCAGAAAUUUCCUCAUAUAAAGCCCUUAGAAUCGCGAAGGAAUAUGAUGGAGAAUGUACGAGAACCAUCGGCAUUAUUAGUAAAAUAGACCAAGCAGCUUCAGAUCCAAAAGUUCUUGCAGCUGUUCAGGCUCUUCUGUUGAAUCAAGGACCACGUAGUACAUCUGAUAUCCCUUGGGUUGCUUUGAUUGGUCAAUCUGUUUCGAUAGCUUCUGCACAGUCAGGAAAUGUUGGAUCUGAUAACUCUCUAGAAACUGCUUGGAGGGCUGAGAGUGAAAGUCUAAAAUCCAUACUAACAGGGGCCCCUCAAGGCAAGCUUGGAAGAUUAGCUCUGGUAGAGACCCUCGCUCAUCAGAUUCGUAACCGUAUGAAAGUCAGGCUUCCAAAUCUCCUUUCAGGGCUACAGGGUAAGUCUCAAUUAGUACAGGAUGAAUUAGUAAGGCUUGGUGAAUCAAUGGUUCAUAGUGCUGAAGGUUCAAAAGCUCUGGCUUUGGAGCUUUGCCGUGAAUUUGAGGAUAGAUUUCUCCAACAUAUUACAAGUGGUGAGGGUGGCGGUUGGAAAGUUGUUGCGAGCUUUGAGGGCAACUUCCCUAACAGGAUCAAACAGUUGCCAUUAGACAGACAUUUUGACAUAAACAAUGUCAAGAGGAUAGUGCUAGAAGCAGAUGGUUAUCAGCCCUACCUUAUAUCUCCAGAGAAAGGUUUACGGUCUUUAAUAAAGAGUGUUUUAGAGCAGGCGAAAGAACCUUCACGUCUUUGUGUUGAUGAGGUGCACCGUGUACUUGUGGACAUAGUUUCAGCAGCUGCUAAUGCUACACCAGGGCUUGGAAGAUACCCUCCUUUCAAGAGAGAGGUUGUGGCAAUUGCGACUACUGCACUGGAUGGAUUUAAAAGUGAAGCUAAGAACAUGGUAGUUGCACUGGUUGACAUGGAGCGUGCAUUUGUUCCUCCACAACACUUCAUUCGUUUGGUGCAGAGGCGGAUGGAUAGGCAGCGGCGUGAAGAAGAGCUGAAAAACCGACCUUCUAAAAAGACGCCUGAGACAGAGCAACCUGUAUUAAAUAGGGAAACCAGUCCUCAAACAGCAGGCCAACAAACUGGGGGGAGCUUGAAAUCGAUCAAGGAUAAAUCCGAUCAGCAAGACAAGGAUGUACAAGAAGGACCAGCCUUGAAGACUGCCGGGCCUGAGGGGGAGAUAACAGCAGGAUUCUUAUUGAAGAAAAGUGCAAAAACUAAUGGUUGGAGCAGGAGAUGGUUUGUUUUGAAUGAGAAAACUGGAAAGCUUGGAUACACCAAAAAACAAGAAGAGCGUCAUUUCCGUGGUGUCAUCACUUUGGAGGAAUGUAAUAUUGAGGAAGUUUCUGAUGAAGAGGAACCACCAUCAAAAACUUCCAAGGAUAAAAAUUCCAAGGAUAAGAAGGCAAAUGGGCCAGAUACAGGGAAAUCACCCAGUCAUGUAUUCAAGCUCACGAGCAGGGUUCCAUAUAAGACUGUUCUUAAAGCUCAUAGUGCUGUUGUGUUGAAGGCUGAGAGUACAGCAGAUAAGAUGGAAUGGUUUAACAAGUUGAGAAAUGUUAUCGGUUCUAAAGGAGGUCAAGUAAAGGGUGAAUCGGGCCUUCCCAUUCGACAAAGUCUGUCUGAUGGUUCUCUGGAUACAAUGGCACGUAGACCUGCUGAUCCAGAAGAAGAACUAAGGUGGAUGGCUCAAGAAGUACGUGGUUAUGUUGAAGCUGUUCUAAACAGCCUUGCUGCCAAUGUCCCAAAAGCUGUUGUUCUUUGCCAAGUAGAAAAAGCUAAAGAAGACAUGCUUAAUAAGUUAUACAUUUCUGUCAGUGCCCAAAGUACAGCAAGGAUUGAAGAGCUGCUCCUGGAGGACCAGAAUGUUAAGGGCAGGAGAGAGCGUUAUCAAAAACAAUCCUCUCUUCUUUCAAAGCUUACUAGGCAACUCAGUAUUCAUGAUAAUCGAGCAGCUGCAGCGUCAAGCUUGUCGAAUGGUCCAGGAGCAGAAAGCAGUCCAAGAUCAACUGGCCCUUCAUCAGGUGAUGAUUGGAGAUCUGCAUUCGAUGCUGCAGCCAAUGGUCCCACUGACUUGUCUAGGUAUGGGUCCAAUGGUCACAGUCGUCGGAACAGUGACCCUGCCCAAAAUGGUGAUGUAAGCCAAAGCUCAAACUCCAGCAGCCGACGCACCCCUAACCGCUUGCCACCUGCACCACCACAGUCUGGUUCUGGUUAUAGAUUUUAGCUUAGAUAAAUGUCGACACUGAAAUAUUGAUGCAUUCUUGUUGGGGGUGGGUGUUUGCUCCUGCUCCUAUAGUAGCUCUGUAUAAUUGGUAUACGCGUCUUUGUAGAUAAACAUUGCAAUUUGUAUUGCAUUUUUGUCACUGUUUUCUAGUUGCUUGAUAUGAGAUGUACUUGCAAUGGGUUGCUGAGAUUUUCUUUUUCUUCAUUGGGUUACCCAUAUUCUCCAUUUUUUAUUGGACUUUACAUAUAUAUUUGAAUUAAUUUGUCAGAAA